UUUCACAAUUUGUGUGGUCCAAACAUAACCACAAAAAAUCGUAAGGUUAUGUUCGUGUUUGUUUGUUGUGCUACAAGUUGGUAAAAGUCGCCCCUGAGAUGGAAACCAAGCCGCAAAAGAUGCCCAAAGUGGCCAAGGUGAAAAAUAAAGCCCCUGCUGAGAUCCAAAUCACAGCCGAGCAGCUCCUUCGCGAGGCAAAAGAGCGCGACCUUGAGAUUCUCCCUCCGCCCCCUAAGCAAAAAAUCUCCGAUCCAGCUGAACUUGCCGACUACCAACUCAGACGCCGUAAACAAUUCGAAGACAACAUACGAAAAAAUCGAACUGUUAUCUCCAAUUGGAUUAAAUAUGCCCAUUGGGAAGAAUCGCAAAAGGAAAUCCAACGAGCUCGUUCGAUAUUUGAACGUGCCUUGGAUGUGGACCAUCGUAACGUUACCAUUUGGUUAAAAUACACUGAAAUGGAGAUGCGAAACCGUCAAGUGAACCAUGCUAGAAAUUUAUGGGACAGAGCCGUCACGAUUUUGCCCAGAAUCAACCAGUUUUGGUACAAAUACACCUACAUGGAGGAGAUGUUGGAGAAUGUGGCUGGGGCCAGAGCUGUCUUUGAACGCUGGAUGGAGUGGCAGCCGGAGGAACAAGCCUGGCAAACGUACAUCAAUUUUGAGUUAAGAUACAAAGAAAUCGACCGUGCGCGAGAAAUCUACGAACGCUUUGUUAUAACACAUCCCGAAGUCAAACACUGGAUUAAAUACGCCCGAUUUGAAGAAAAUCACGGUUUUAUCAACUCGGCCCGCUUGAUUUACGAACGAGCUGUACAUUUUUACGGUGAUGACCAUUUGGACGAAAAAUUGUAUAUUGCAUUUGCACGGUUUGAAGAAAACCAAAAAGAACAUGACCGUGCUCGCGUUAUCUACAAGUAUGCCUUGGACCAUCUCCCCAAAGAACAAGCGAAAGAGCUGUACAAAGCCUACACCAUACAUGAGAAAAAGUACGGCGAUCGUUCCGGUAUUGAAGAUGUGAUUGUUUCGAAACGUAAGUUUCAAUACGAACAAGAGAUACUCGAAAAUCCGACCAAUUACGACGCUUGGUUUGACUAUUUGAGACUGGUGGAGGGGGAAGGGGACCUUGAGACGUCACGUGAGACGUAUGAGCGGGCCAUAGCCAACGUGCCACCAACGAAAAAUAAACAAUACUGGAGGCGUUAUAUUUACUUGUGGAUUAAUUACGCCCUGUUUGAGGAAAUCGAAGCGGUUGAUUAUGAAAGAACACGUCAGGUUUAUAAAGCUUGCCUUGACUUGAUCCCCCAUAAGUUAUUCACGUUUAGUAAAAUUUGGUUGUUGUUUGCACAGUUUGAAAUCAGGCGGAAGAAUCUGAUUGGUGCUCGUAAAAUUUUGGGGACUGCCAUUGGUAAAUGCCCACGUGAUAAAUUGUUCCGUGGGUAUAUUGAUAUAGAGAUACAGUUGCGUGAGUUUGACCGGUGUCGUAUUUUGUACGGGAAAUAUCUAGAGUUUGGUCCGGAAAAUUGUGUGACUUGGAUGAAAUUUGCCGAGUUGGAGACACUUUUGGGGGAUUUUGAGCGUGCUAGGGCCAUUUAUGAGUUGGCAAUCGCUCAGCCAAGGCUAGACAUGCCUGAGCUGCUCUGGAAGGCCUAUAUCGAUUUUGAGAUCGGGCAAGAAGAGUGGGCUAAUGCCCGACAAUUGUACGAAAGAUUGUUGGAGAGGACAAGUCAUGUGAAAGUUUGGUUGUCGUAUGCGAAGUUUGAGUUGAGUUGUGAGUCGGAUAUGAAUAUUAGUUUGGCAAGGCGUGUUUAUGAGCGGGCUAAUGAGAGUUUGAAGAGUUAUGGGGAGAAGGAGGCGAGGGUUUUGUUAUUGGAGAAUUGGAAGGAGUUUGAAAGUGCAAAUGGGAGCGAGGAGACGAAGGAGAAAGUUGAAGGGAAAAUGCCAAGGAGGAUUAAGAAGAGAAGGAAGGUUAUUGAUGAGGAUGGUGUUGAGCAAGGAUGGGAGGAGAUCUUUGAUUAUAUAUUCCCUGAGGAUGAGGCCAGUAAACCCAAUUUGAAGUUAUUGGCAGCUGCCAAAAGCUGGAAGAAGCAGAAGCAAACGGAAGAACCGGAACCGUGAUUUUGAGAAAAUAGAAUUAAGGUUUAAA